UAAUAAUUUGAGUUAAAUAUGUUGGCACUGCUGAACAUUGAGGAACUGCGCAUGCAGCAGCAGAUCACCAAUGAUUUUUAUCGCCAGCAAAUGAUGCAGCGUCUUCCAGAUCCACUAUGCGGCUUAUUGCCCCAUUUUGCGUCACAUUUUGUGGCACACACACCACCACCACCGCCGCCGCCGCAGCCAUCGUUGCCGGGCGUGGAGGCCAAGCUGGAAAACAAUGAACUGUGGCAACAAUUCCAUCACAUUGGCACCGAAAUGAUCAUCACAAAGAGUGGCAGACGCAUGUUUCCCUCGAUGCGUGUCUCGUUCACCGGAUUGGAGGAGGAGGCCAACUAUUGUGUCCUGCUCGAAAUGGUGCCCAUUGGCGAUUGUCGCUACAAGUUCUCCGGCUCACAAUGGGUGCCAGCUGGUGGUGCCGAGCCACAGAGUCCCCAACGCAUGUAUCUGCAUCCGGAUAGCCCGGCAACGGGCAAACAUUGGCAAUCCCAGGCGCUGCUCUUCAGCAAGGUGAAGCUUACGAAUAACACAAUGGACAACAAUGGACAUAUUGUCUUGGCCAGCAUGCAUAAAUAUCAGCCACGUUUGCAUAUCAUCCGCACCGCUGAUCUUACCCAGAUAGCCUGGGCCCCACAGCAGGCAUAUGUGUUUCCCGAAACUGAGUUUAUCGCUGUGACCGCCUACCAGAAUGAUCGCAUUACCAAGCUGAAGAUCGAUCACAAUCCCUUUGCGAAGGGCUUUCGUGAGUCGGGCCAAUCACGCAGCAAGCGCAAAUUGGACGAUUCCCCACCAUCUGCAGCAGCAGGAGCGGAAGUCAGAGUGGAAGUGGGAGCGGAAGCUAACGAUGUGGAGAUCGCCAUUUCGCCGUCGGUUAAACGACUGCGUCACACAGAAGAGCCUGCGUUGCGGCAACAGGCACAUUCUGGAAUGCUAGUGGCACGGCAUUAUCUGCUGGAUACACUAGAGGCCAAUUUCUAUUUGCCAGCACCACCGCCACCGCGCUCAUUAUCGACCAGACACAUUGCCUGCUAUCCAAGUUGGCCCUGUUCGCCGCCAUCGCCCGAUUCGUCGUGCGCCUCCUCCUCCUCCUGCUCGGCCUCCUCCUCAAGUAGCUGUGAGUCUUCCGCCGAGCCAGAUACCGAUGCCGAUGCCUUUGUGGAUGUGGUGGGCACAGCGACUGGCACAGCUGAGUUCGAGUUGGAAUCCGAGUCGAUAACCCACAACAAUGCUGCUGCCGCAGUUGCUGAUUCAAUGGUUGAUGCUGCCACUAUUGAUGUUGCGUCAAAGCCUAAACGGAGCAGUUUCAGUAUCUUAGACAUAUUAGGAGCGACCGUCUCAGUUUAGUUGCCUCUGUUGCUGCCGCAGUUGCUGUUGCUGAUG